CCAUGGGCCGCAAUGGAUGCGUAAGAGCUCGUUUGCGCGUCUUGGGCAACGCAACAGGAGCAUCCAGCAAGGACUCUCCGCCAAUGAUGCCCCUCCUCGCAAGUUCGUGAACAUCUGGAAUCCGUCGAAAGCGCGAGGACCAAUGUCGAUCGUAUAGGUUCAAGAACCAGACUGCUGGCUUCUCGAAGAAGACGCGCCGCAGAAGGCUCCAGAUGAAAACAAAGGAAAAGGAAAAAGGAGUGAGAUGAAUACCUACAAUACGCGGCAUUGCCGGCUGGCGGCCCUUUGCUGUACACAUGCUUUCGAUAGCUGCUGCGUCUGUUCGGGAUAUUGUGAUUAUCCAGUCGAGCCAGUGAGGUUGUUGAUUCCUUGGCCCUCGGGAUGGCGCAGCGCCAAUUCAGGCUGAUCGAGCCGAUUAAGCCGCAACGCUAGGUAAGGUUACUGACGAGCGACAACACCAAAACAGUCUCCGGGGUAUAUCCUCAAUAGAUAAGGAUACAAAGUACCUUUCUGCUCUUCUAGUGGGGCAGAACUUCAUUUUUCAAAAUCCCAGUGUAGUGAAGAAUUGAGUCGUCGCUAAUCUCCUCGAAGGAUCCAGUUUGCGGAGAUUUAAUGUAGAUUACAGGGAAUAGACCUUGUAGCCGCACCAUUUUCCACCUCUCGGAUUCGUUGAUAUCCAAAUAUCUGACCCGUCGAAGUCUAAUAAGCAUCGAGAAUGUAUCAUGUUUAUUGUAGUUCCGCCUCUCAUCUCACGAGCCCAUCUGCAAAUUUGUGUUGGUCAUAAGGUCUAGAUGUUCCGUUUUGUUGUUUUCUUUCUUUCUCUCUCUCCCACCACCGCCAUUCUUUUCAGCGUACAUACAUCUCUCCCAGAAGCUUCAGUCUUCAUUACAGUCUUUACUUUCACUUCUCUGCAAGUACAGCUUCCACAAUGCGUUUCACAAGCACAAUCGCUGCUUCGGCAGUCCUUGCUCUGGCCCAUGGUGCCACUGUGAGCAAAAGAGCCCUCUCUGGAGAGGCAACAUUCUAUGGCGGAAACGUUGCUGGUGGAACAUGUUCGUUCUCAACUUAUACUCUUCCUGCUGGUGUCUUUGGUACGGCUCUCUCAGACUCGAACUGGGACAAUGCAGGAAACUGCGGUGCAUGUGUCUCUGUCACUGGUCCCAAUGGAAAUGCUGUGACAGCUAUGAUCGUGGAUCAAUGCCCUGGAUGUGGAACAAACCAUCUGGAUCUGUUUCCCGAUGCCUUUGCAGCUCUCGCCAAUCCAUCGAAGGGUGUCAUCCCUGUUACUUGGGAUUUUGUUGACUGCCCCAUUACCUCGCCUCUCGCAGUUCACAACAAGGAAGGCGUGUCUGCAUUCUGGUUCAGCAUGCAAGUUGUCAAUGCCAACAAGGAAAUCUCCAAACUCGAUGUCAGUACAGAUGGAGGAAGCACCUGGAAGUCAACCACGAGACAAGAUUACAACUUCUUCGAGAACUCAAGCGGUUUUGGCACAACCACUGUUGAUGUCAAGGUUACCAGUGUAGAUGGAGAUGUCGUCACCAUCAAGGGCGUAAAUGUCGUUCCAGGAGCAUCAACCACUGCUGCAAGCAACUUUGGAUCUUCAUCUGAUGUUGUUCCGAGCAAGGCUGCGGUGGUUGUGCCAACAACUUCCUCCUCAGAAGCUGCCCCCGCUGCCACUCAAGUCCUAGCCUCUACAUCCCUGCCCGCCGCAGUCUUCAACGAGGUCAGCUACGCAGCAUCGUCUACCUCGGACCACUCCACAACGACUCUGUCAUCCACCACAACUUUGACUCGUACACGAACAGUCUCCAAGUCCACAUCUACCACAGCACCAGUGAUUUCGACCCCUUCGUCUUCAACCUCGGUCUAUGUCCCAACCACUACCUACCUCCCAUCCAACACAUCUUCCUCUCUUGUUGCUGGAGCUGCGAGUUCCAGCGUCUCGCUCAGCGUUAUUUCUAUCACAACUUGUAUCCCUACUGUUUUGUACAGUGUGGAGCCAGUACCUACUAGCACACCCGCUGCCAUCUCAACUGGAACCAUCUACCCAGUGCAGAAUACCAGCGUGCCAUUCGCAACAGCCACCCCACCACCCUUCACUGGAACCGCAUCAUCCACUCGCAGCUCCACCAUCGUCGCCAUCUUCGCUGGUGUUUUGGCAUGCUUCAUGAUCUAAACAUGUCAAAAUUUGUUGACUUCUCGCUUCCUGACGAGACUUUUCUCUGGGGAUAGGGAGAUUGGUGUACUUACUUCUUUCUUCAUGAAACGAUAGGGUUUGAUUCGGUAUAGGUGGUUUGGCGUUGUAUCUGGGGUACAACUCUUAAGAGGAACCUUUUGUUUAUUGUAUAAACUUAUUUUUUCGAGCCAGGCUCGUAUCUGAGCUCUUACUGGGGACUAGCUCGCCCGUAUGGCUAUAUAAUAGCCAUAGAGAAUUUCCGACAAGUUCGGAUUCUAGCG